UCAAAUUUCAUUUCAAGUUGGUGGCGAGCACACGUUCACCCUCUGUAGUGUUGCAAUUUAUAUAUAUAUAUUCCGUUAGAAUUCAAUUUUUUAUAUUUGUAAAGUGUUUGAAUUGUUUUGUUCGAAAACGAUCGAAAAAUUAUUUGAAAACUAUAAGAAAAAUAAAACGAACACAUAACACAGUUCAAAUAAUCGAAGAAAAAAAUAAUUAAAUUAAAUAACACAAUGACGUCACUGUUCUACGAAGAUCCAAAGCAAAAACUCAAAUAUGGAGAUACGGAAUUCGAAUGGCGUUCAUUGCUCAAUACACCUUGCUAUGGAUUCAGCGGUCCAAAUGCAUGUUAUUCAACAACAUGCACACAUAAUGCACGAAAAUUUUCUGAAUCCGAGUUACAGCUCAUAAAAUCAAAGCAAUCAACAAAAUUUUACAAUAAAAAAAAAUCAUCACCAUUAUUUGAACGUGCUGCUGACUACAAUUCAUACCGAUCAUCAUUAUUAACAUUCGAAAGCUUCGGCCCCAAAAAGAAUACAUACGAAGGAUAUGAGUUCAAUAGCGAUGCGUUUUUCAAUACAGCAUAUUAUGGAAAUCACGUGUAUGAUAAUUCACCGUUGCGAAAAACCGAUGAGUUCAACCAAAUGUAUGAGUCGCCCAGCUAUUAUAGUCGGCCCGUUACGUGCAGCACACCGUUUGAAGAGAGCAACCAUUCGACAGAAUCGUCGGCCGAAUCAUCCGAUGAGCGUAUUUCGGUGAAUUCAUCACAUGAAACUGUUGUGUCAACGAAAAAAUAUGCGUUCAAUCCAUUAUCGGAGCCAUUCCAACCAAUGCGAAAAUCGGAUUCAAACACGAGCUCAUCUACAACAAGUGUCACAACCGAUUCGGUUGAAUCAAGUCCAAUCAUUGCAUCAACAACUGUCGAGUUGGAAUCAUCAUGGAGAAAUGCACUAUCGAACGAAACGAAAGUUGGCAACUUCGUAUGUAUGUUAUGUAACAAAAAAUAUUCAAACUUGGAUGAUUUAACAACUCACUUUCAAAACAAAGUGCAUCUACCACAUGUUUGUGAAUAUUGUGGUGUUUCUUUUGAGCAUAGUUAUUUAUUAAAUCGUCAUGUAAAAUCGCAUCCCGGUGUUAGAAAAUCAUUCAAAUGUCGUGGUUGUAACAAAAAAUUCCGUAGCUUGAAUCAAUUGGCAAAACAUUUCGAAGAUUGCCGAUUCAAUUUGUACAUGUUUACUUAAAUAUUUUCAUCUUUUUUUUAGUAUGUAUUUUUUUUUUUAUCAAUUAGUGUUUGACUUAAAUUUUUACAUGAAACAUUGUAUAUAUCCCAGUUUAAGAUUAGAUAUAAAUUAAUGAUACCCUCGAAGUAAAUUUGAGAACACAAACAAAUGUGAACUUUAAAACAAAAGACCAGAAACAAAAAAAUUUAAUAAAAAUUGAGGGUUUUAUUCUCUUUUGUGAAAAUUCGUAUCGAAAAGCAACACACAGUUUUGUACAUUGGUCACAAUGACCUUUUAUGUACACUUUUUAUUGCGAUAGAAAAUUAUAAACCAUUGUCAUACUUUCAAA